GUGCGAGUGCGGGUUUCAGUGGGCAACGGAACGUCGAGCAGCGCGCACGGCCGGCGAAUGAGGCACUUGCUCCGGAAUCGCAUUCGGUAUUGGAAAGCGGACGGAGAUGGCUAAGUGAAGUCAAGUGUGGUGCGGUUAAAAAUAAACAAGGCACGCGAAACGAGCCAGGAAAGAAGUUAUUUUGUGCAGGUCAACCGGAUCGCAAUGGCGAAUCUCUCGGGAAAAUCUGUAAAAUAGCCUGUCGGAGGAAUUUCGUGGCGUGCGUUGAAUAACACUGAUAAAACAAUAUACAGAGCGCGCAAACAUAAAUAAUAUUCCACAUGCACAGUUCGGAAAUACAUCAGCUGCUAAAAUAAACGGAGCGGCCGGAGCACCAACUAAAGCCAGCCGAUCCGCCGCUCGCACCCUGCCCGCUCAUGACGUCACGGGUGAGCAUCUGGCAAGGAGCAUCAUAUCAUCAGUAGCACCCCAUCAUCAGCAUUCGCAUUAAACUGACAUAGUAAACAGCUUUAGGUUGCCGGAAGUCCUCCCAGUCGUUAUCAUCGAUGCGAGUGUCUGACCAGACCCGAGUAUGUCCAGGCGAACGCCAGUGGAAGGCCAAUCGAAACCGGAACCGGAACUGAAACCAACACGGAAGCGAGCCGCUGAGACAUGUCCUCGCGACGGAGCUCCUUCCGCCGGAAGGAGAAGCCGGCCUUCGAGCGCUUCAAGGACCACUGCCGCCACUUCACGGCCUUCAUGUUCAGCAACGUGGGCAUUAUCCUGCUGGUCACAUUCUACAUAAUCGGUGGAGCGUUCAUAUUCCAGGGCAUCGAGAUCUUCGAGUAUGAGCGGCUGAAAUCGGAAGAGCCGAAACGGUUUAUUGCUAAAAACUUUAGUGCCGAAUGCCUCACGCGGAUUUGGGAGCUCACGGCGGAGAACAUUAGCUUCUUCGAUCACCAGGCAUACAGGAGGCGGGUUAACGAUGUGCUGCUGGACUACCAGAGGGCCAUAGUAAAGAAGCAGCUGAAGGGACCCUACGUGGAGCAGUGGAGCUUCUCCGGCGCCUUUCUCUAUUCGUUGACCGUGAUUACGACGAUCGGAUACGGGAAUAUAACGCCCCAGUCUGAAUGGGGAAAGUUGGUGACCAUUCUGUAUGCGAUUAUCGGCAUGCCGCUAUUCCUUCUCUAUCUGUCGAACAUUGGUGAUGUUCUGGCCAAGUCGUUCAAGUGGAUAUACUCCAAGGUCUGCCUGUGCCGAAUUUGUCCCGGCGUUGCAAAGCGUCGGAUAAUCCGCGAGAGACGAAAAAUGCGGCAGUUGGCCAGAGCGAUGCAAAUGAACGACAUGGAGAACGCCCGGGGAAGCAGCAGUUACUCCAGCAGCAGUAGCACCACCACCUCCAACAGCAGCAGCAGUGACUACACCAGGAGUUCCCGGCAGAGUUCGAGCCUGGUGGAUAUACCGUUCAGCGAAUCCGACUCGGAUAUUGAGCGGGAAAUACGAGGCAGUACGGAUGAGAUUACUGUGCCAGUCACUGUCUGCAUAUUCGUUAUGGUUGGAUAUAUACUCUGGGGAGCCCUGCUUUUCGGGCGUUGGGAGGAUUGGAACUAUUUGGACGGCAGCUACUUCUGCCUCAUAUCCCUCAGCAGCAUUGGAUUUGGAGAUCUGGUGCCAGGCGAUCGUGUUAUAACUGCCGAUAAAGAUAAGGUCGAGGUCAGUUUUAUCCUAUGCGCCAUAUACCUACUACUUGGUAUGGCUGUAAUUGCCAUGUGCUUUAAUCUAAUGCAGGAGCAGGUCGUCCACAAUAUUCGGGCUAUUAAGCGAGGAUUUAAGGCCUGCUUUCGAUGCCGCAGUUCUUAGAAGACUACCUAGCUUCCCACUUACAAAUAUGUUUCGUCGUACAAAAUCAUAUAAUUAUUCACUGAUAAUGUAGACUUCCCUAGGCUUAAUUAAGAUAGAAGUGUACAUAUAACUAGGCAGAAUGUGUUCCUUUUCGGUAAAUUUAUAAACUAGUAAACACAAACGAUAUCGAAAAUCGCCCUUUAA